AUGGGUCGGGCCGAAAAAGGAUCAGCAAAAGCAUUGGCCAAUAAAACGAAGUCCAAGGGAUUGCAGAAGCUAAAAUGGUAAGUAGACUCUUUAUGUCUAAUGUUUUAUGCGAAUAGGUUUUGUCAAAUGUGUCAAAAGCAAUGCCGAGACCAGAAUGGGUUUAAAUGUCACUUGACAAGUGAAUCCCAUCAAAGGCAGUUACUAUUGUUUGCCGAGAAUCAAGGAUCUUAUCUCAGACAGUUUAGUCGAGAGUUUGAAUCAAAUUUCUUGACAGUAAGUUGUCCACGACUGUUCGUUAAUAUUAGUUUAGAUUCUAAAAAAUACAUUUGGCGGGAAGAGAAUCCGCGCGAACGAUGUUUAUCAGGAGUUGAUCAAGGAUAAGGGGCAUGUCCACAUGAAUUCGACCGUUUGGCACACGUUAACCGGAUUCAUUCAUCAUUUACAAGAAUCUGGGAAGUGUAAAAUUGAUGAAACUGAAAAGGGUAUGUUUUACCUGGACUGAAAUUGGGAUUAUCCGAGAAAUUUAUUAUAUUAUGUUAUAGGUUGGUUUAUUCAACUAAUAGAUCAAGAAGAGGAACUUAGAAAGCAGAAACUCCAAAAUCGGGCAAAACAGGAGAAGACUGACGAUGAACGGAUGGAGGAACUCCUGCAACGGCAGAUGGAGAGGUAAGAUUUAUAUUACUUGAAGUUAAUUCUUCUGAGUUUAGAGAUAUGGAGAAGGCCACCCAGGAGUUGUUAAAACAAUUGGAACCUGAGGAAUUGGUCAGAGAUGAAGGCUCAAAGCCUAUUGUUUUUAAUUUUACAAAGCCGAUUAUAGAUGUCAAGACUGAAGUUAAAAGAGAAGGUGUGAACGAUGAUAUCAAGGAACAGAAACUAAAAGAAAACAGAAACGAAGAUCACAGCAGACGAGAGAAACCGAGCACGUCAUCAAACAACAGAAGUCAGAGUAAGCUGUCAUUUUCGUAACAAAAGAUUGUUUUAGGUACCAAAAGAUCUGCGUUGAAUCAAUUGAAAAUGGAAGAAGAAAGAUUUAAGGAGAAAAGAAACCGAAAAGAUCAUUGGAUCCAUAAGGAUAUCGUUGUAAAAGUUGUUACUAAACAGCUCGGGUCGAAGUACUACAACUGCAAAGGAGUCGUUAACAAAGUUUUGGAUAAAUAUGGCGCUGAAGUGGAAUUGGACAGUGGAGACGUGAUUGUCUUAGAUCAGAAACAUCUGGAGACUGUGAUUCCCAAGGUCGGAAGAGACAUGCUAAUUGUCAAUGGAGCUUAUCGAGGGGAGAUCGCGGUGUUAGAAGAGAUUCUGGAGAAACAAUAUUCGGUUAAAUUGAGGAUUAAACAAGGAAUACGCAACGGUAGAAUGGUGGAGGUGGCUUAUGAAGACGCUUCAAAAUAUGUGCAGUGA